UUUGUGUGGACAGGAAUCAAGAUGGUGGACGGAUAUUAAUAACAAACUACGAGUGGAAGUGUCUCUUUAUUUAAUCGAAUAUUCCUAUAACUAGACCUUCCCAGGGGACAAUUAUCCCUGUAUAUCGUGCAUCCAGAACCAAAGAAGCUAUGGGUGUUUAGUUUUCAGCGUUAAAGGUUGAAUUUAAGGGUGAGAAAUAUGGCUGAACGCGAAGAAGACGAACGAAAAGACAACAAGAAGAAGGAGAAGGAUAAAGAAAAAGGAUACGUUGCUUUUCAUUCGGAUGAUAGCGACGCUAUCGAAGAAGAUAUUGAAGAAACUAGCAAACAGAAAGGUAAAAAAGUGAAAAGAGAAAAAUCCAGGACUCUGGGGCUACCUCGCAUCAAAGCCAAGAAAAACCAAAAGAAGAAAGAGAAAGAAAAAGAGAAAGAGAAAGAAAAGGAAAAGAAGUCUAAGAAAAAAUCUGAGUCUCUUUCACCAACCCAUCCCCCAAAGAAUCCAAUCUUUGGCGUUCCUUUGGCUCAAGCAGUGAAGCAAAGCAAGUACCCUGAUGGAGUUGAGCUGCCAAAAAUAUUGAGAGAUGGGAUUGUGUAUAUUGAGGAAAAUGGAUUGGGGAUAGAAGGAAUAUACAGAGUUUCUGGUGCAAAAUCUAAAGUUGAUGUACUCAAAGAACUCUACAAUGAAGGUAAAUCAGUAGAAUUAAAGGACUAUGAACCAGAAGUUGUGGCAGGAGUUGUCAAGAGCUAUUUACGGGAUCUGCCAGAGAACGUACUUACUGCUACUAUGUUGCCGAAAUUCAAUGAACUGGUUGGGUUCUGAAAACAAGAUGAGCAUCCAGAAUGUCAGCAUCGUGUUGAGUCCUACCAUGGGAAUCAACCAUGGCAUACUCUUCAUAUUACUAAACAAUGUCUUGGAACUCUUCCCAGAUACACGGCUUGCAAAAUACACAGGUUCUCUUACCUUCAGGGUUGAAGAAGAUGAGACAGACUUACCAACCUCUCCAGAGGCCAUUGCAUCUGUGUUAGCUAAACAGGAAGCCAUUUUGGCACAACUACAUGAAAAACUUAACAGCACUAAAGAUAAUGAUGAUGCAGAAGGACAGGAUGAAUUACUGUGGGAAGUACAGAGAAAAGUCACUCAGUUAAAGAGAAAGCUCAGAGUUGCUAAAAAAGCUGUACAAGGAAAGCACAAAGAAAAAGAUAAACCCAUAGCCAAAGAAGAAGAAAAAGAUGAUAAAGAAGAAGAGAUCAAACUAUUAGAAGCUUCUGAAGCUGAACUAAUCAUGGAACAAGAGGAGUUGACUUUAAUAGGAGAUGAACUCAGACAGAGAAUUGCUAAUGAAAGAAGUGAAAUAAAACGAUUACAGGAAGAAAUUGCUUCCAUAUUACAACAACAAGAAUCAGAACAAGCUCUGUCUGACGCAGCGUCCGCAUCAGAUUCUUCUGGCAGUGAGACU